AUGAUAAAUGCUGUGCUUCCCGAAAAUUCCAAUUCUGACCAUUUAGGCAAUCAAGUUCCAACCACAGCGGAUGAUAGCAACAUUGGGAUGGCUGGCACAUCUCGUCCAGAUGUAAAACAAGUCACUGAUCACUUUGACGACCAAGUUCCAACCACGUCGAAUGAUAUCAAUAUUGCGAUGGCUGGCAUAUCUCGUUCAGAUGUAGAACAAGCCCAUACCAGUGUAAAAUUAACGAGUGAAUUAAAAAAAGUUGUUUUUGAAUGGGCCCUAGAAAAUAAAAUAUUAUUGGCUGUUACUGAUAAUGCAGCUAAUAUCACAAAAGCAAUCAAAGAUAAUUUAAAGCGGAAACAUUUAGGGUGCUAUGCCCAUACUAUAAAUUUAAUAGCUAAGGAUGCUAUUACUGUUGUUGAGGAUCUAAUAGCAAAAAUUAGGAAGUUAGUGGCACAUUUCAAACGUAGUACAUCAGCUUCAGCAAAAUUAUUGGAUGUACAAAGACAAUCCGGUAAAACUCCAAAAAAACUUUUACAAGAUGUUUCAACGAGGUGGAACUCUACAUAUUAUAUGGUAGAAAAGAUUCUUGAUUUAGAAGAAGCAGUAAGAACAACUAUGGCCCUUCUAGAUAAAGCUAAUUUACCCAUAAUAUUUGUUGAAGAAUGGCAUAUUUUAAAAGACAUUAAAAUAGGUUUGGAACCGUUAGAAACAAUUACAAAAAACAUUAUGCUAGAGUUAAAAAAACAAGAUUUAUGUGCUUUACCUCCUACUAUGGUAAGUAAAAUGCUAAACAGUAUCAAAGAACGCCUUAGAGAUCUAGAGAAUAGUAAAACAUUAGCUGUGUCGACAUUUCCAGAUCGUAGGUUUAAACAUGUUGGAUUUUCUAAUGAAUCUGUGGCACAGCGAACCAAACAAAUGUUUCUAAAUUUGGUAGCUAAUAAAAUUAAGAAUGAAACAACAAUAAACAAUCAAGAUGAUGAAAUUGAUGGUGCUGUUCCUUCUACCAGCACUCAAAUAGACUUAAAAAAAAUGUCAAUUUGGAGCCACUUUGAAAAAAAAGCAGCUUCAUUUCAACCUAGUGGUACGUCUUCUUCUCGAGGUAUUGUGGAGGUACAAAGAUAUUUAGAGGAUGAACUACUAGCAAGAGACAGCGAUCCACUUAAAUGGUGGCAGAAGUAUGCCUAUAAUUAUCCACAUUUAUCAAAAGUGAAAAAUUAG